AGUAACGACUCACGGGUGCCCGCCUCGCCUUGGGAUAAACUGAUAAUAUUUUUUUGUCUCUUUUCUUUUCUUUAUUCAAAAUUUUAUUUCUUCUCCAAGUAACUCUAAAAACUAGUAUCGGAAUUAUCGAGAAAUCUAAAUUUACGUUGUGAUUGCAAUGUGGUUUGUCUCUCUUUGUUGUUCUACUUUGCAUCAAGUUUAUUCAUGUGCUUCCUGACUCUUGGAUAUAAGGAAAAGAAGGUUUCAGUGCAUGAAGCUUAUCGUGAUCAAAUUUGAAGUUUAAAAAUUGUAAAGCAUUGGACUGCAACUACAGCAAUACACAAAAAGAUUUUUUUACUUCAGAAAUGUGUGUUUGGUGUUUAAUAGGUUCAAUAGUUAAACAAAAUAACAACGCAUGUCUUGUUUGCUUUCCAAAAGAGAAUUCUUAACCACGGAUAUCUGGAAUAAACUGGAUAUAUGAGACACAGCCCAGUUUCUUACUGUCUUGGACAGGACAGUAUAAUUACUGAGGACAGUUACCAAUAAAUAUUUUGGAAUUAUUCUCUGUAUGGUGGGGGAGACGAUCCGUCAAUCACUUCUAGGGACUACAAGCAUAGAAGUGUGUGUGCAUAGUCUAAACUAGCUGCUCAUGUUUCGUUCGAUUGAAGACGUAAGAAGAUGGAAAUUAAAAUUUGAGGAAGAGUGCUGAGAAUACGUCUUAUAACAGUACUUACAACAGUACAUAUUACAGACAUACAGUGAAAUGAAAUGAGAACUCACAGUCGCUUGUUUUGGAUAAAUUCGUGAUAACGAAUCAUGUGUCAAAGAGUUUUUGCUUCUGGAUCGACUUCCAAGUUAUUGCCUUCAUCAAGACUUGUAGUCUCCUCUGGCGAUUUCUUGGGACCGUUCACAUUUUGAAGCAAAAAAAUGAUGACAAAAAAAAGGUCAAUCCGAUGACGUUGCCUAUCCAAUGUCUGCACUUCCGGUCUCGUGAUUUCUGAAACUUAUGUCCUACCUUCUCAGGAAUUCGGAUGAAAAGCGCACAAACACGCAUACGCAUAACCUAAAGAUGGAUGGAUUUAUUAUUCUGCUAUGACCCUUAAGGAACACGAGAUUUCAGUUAAUUGCUGUUCAAACUCGAAGAAAUAAAUUUAUUUUUAAAUUGGUUCCAAUCUCCGGAUUCAAGCAUAUAAUGGCAACAGUUGAUCAAACGUAUCGUAUUAGAUAGCAAAGGAAAAGUCCUCAUGUAAAAUGACUGGGUGUUUAAAUUUAGCACAGCUGCUGAAUUCACCCUACAUCGGUUCUACAUUUCGACUGAGAUCUUUUGGUAUGCGAAGCUUUUUCCUUUUUAUUUUCAUCGUUAUGUUUUGGCAAAGCAGCGCCAUGGAAACACCGGAAGCAGACGACAGGAGACGUCAAGGAAACAUGGAGGACGCGUACGCUCACUUCUUGUUGUGGAACGAACAGGAAAUGGUUGGCAAGGGAGUCAAGAUUCACCCGGAAGAGUUUGACGUGGAAUCCCCCACUCCCCCCAACGACCUGAAGGAGAUUGAUGAAGAUGGGGGCUCCGGGGAUCUCAUGGGCGUCGUCAUCACCAAGUCUCCAAAUCCACAUCAAGAAUCUCCUAAAACCGCUGCUCCAGUUAGCUACGGGGUUUCAGUUGCGGAUACCAGCAGAUUUGACGUCCGGGUGGAAACGAGCAGCUUGCGUGGUGACACGCCCAGCGCUGGCAGCAGUGCAGACUUCUUCAAAUACACCACCGCGAAGCUCCAGUCUCAAGAGACAAGUAGGGGAUCGACGGCGAACCUAACUAGAGGUGCAACGACAGAGGCGUCGAAUCAAAACUUAAAGGAAGAGACACCAAUGAGACCUGACCCACCUUUAACCCGACUGGUUCGCCCUAAUGGUAAACCUGUGAUUUAUAUAGCCGGGCUCUUCCCGUGGUCGGACGACAUUCCAGCUGGGGCCGUAGGUCGAGGUGUUCUUCCAGCCGUGCAGAUAGCGUUGGAUCACGUCAAUAAUGACGCUCGUGUGAACCGGAAGUACAUCCUCAAGAUGGCAUAUAACGACACUCGGUGUGACAUGGCGGUGGCUACCAAGGCUUUCUUCGACAUGAUGGCCGACAAUGGUACCACGACCGCCAUGUUGUUCGGUGACGCCUGCUACAAUGUGACUGGGCCCAUGGUGCAGAUUGCCCACCAAUGGGGCAUGUUUCAGCUGUCCUACGCGGACACGAACCCGAUGCUAUCUGACAGAGACGAGUUUCCCAACUUUUACCGGACGGCGCCAAGUGACAGUGACUUUAACCCUGCCCGCCUCGCCCUCCUACGUCAUUUUAACUGGACCACUGUGGGGACUCUCUUCCAGGACGCUAAACUUGGAGAAGCACGACACGGCUAUGCCUCCAACAGGUUUGACAGUCUGGUAGAGAAGCACAAGAUUAACAUUUCACUAGUGGAAAGUUUUGCUGAUGACCCGACCACUGCUAUCAAGAAUCUUAAGGACCAGGACGUCCGAAUCAUUGUUGGAAACUUUGACCAGAAUGCAGCCAGGAAAGUUUUCUGCAGCGCUCAUCAACAGUCAAUGUACGGACCUAAGCACCAGUGGAUCAUCCUGGGCACGUACGAGCAGGACUGGUGGAAGGUGAAGGACGACUCCGUGCCCUGCACUCCGACCGAACUGAAUGAGACCCUCCACGGGCACCUCGCCACGGACGUCCUCCCGCUCAGCACGAGCCAUGACGUCACGGAAUCUGGACGGACGUCAGAGCAGUAUCUUCAUCUGUACAACAGUAAAAGGGGCAACGAAUACAGUAAAUAUCACGGAUAUGCCUACGAUGGUGUGUGGGUUAUUGCCAAAGCCCUGGACCGCCUGUUUGACGAUGUCACGAUGACCCUAGAGAAGUUCCGAGGCCCGAUGGUGGGAAAAGUUUUGAACGAGACAAGCUUCACGGGAGUAACGGGUAGAGUCCAGUUCUUGAAUGGUGACCGUGUCGGUAGCACUACCAUUUUACAGAUGAAAUACGGGAGGAUGGUUAAAGUAGGAGAGUACCACGCACUGACGGACACCUUGGACUUAAAUGCUGGCCAGCCCAUUUUUUGGAGAGAUGGCAAGCCUCCAGUUGAUAAAAGUAUCAAGACGGAAGAGCUGCGGCAUGUAUCAUUUCCGGUGUAUAUUGGCUUCGUUGUCAUGGCAGCACUGGGCAUUACCAUCGGCGUCCUGUUCUUGGCACUCAACAUCCGGUUUCGUCGUCACAGGUACAUCAAAAUGUCAAGUCCAAACAUGAACAACUUGAUCAUCGUCGGCUGUAUCCUGUGUUACCUGUCCAUCUUCUUACUGGGCACCGAGCCUGGAAGCAAGGACAGGACCGUCUUCAGCUACUGGUGUACUGCUCGAUCCUGGACGUUAGCUCUGGGCUUUACCUUGUCGUUUGGAGCCAUGUUUGGCAAGACGUGGCGAGUUCAUGCCAUCUUCACCAACAUCAAACUCAAUAAGAAGGUGAUUAAAGACUACAAGCUCAUGCUCAUUGUUCUAGUGCUAGUUCUAUUAGAUGCCGUUAUACUGGUCACUUGGCAAGUAGUUGACCCUUUUGACAAACAGGUCAAGCGGCUUUCACCAGAGGUUUACGCUGACUUUGAGAUUAUUCCUAAAAUAGAUUACUGCACUAGCCAGCACAUGGAGAUAUGGCUAGGGGCUCUUUAUGCUUAUAAAGGCCUUUUAUUGGCGUUUGGUGUCUUCUUGGCCUGGGAGACCAGGCACGUGAGUAUUCCUGCACUGAACGACUCAAAGUACAUUGGUAUGUCUGUCUACAACGUAGUCAUCAUGUGCGUGUGUGGAGCGGCGGUGUCCUUCAUCAUCGAGGACAAGCCGACCCAGAGUUUCAUCAUCAUUGGUCUGUUCAUCAUCUUCUGUACCACCAUAACCUUGUGCCUUGUCUUUCUGCCUAAGAUCAUUCAGCUCAAGAGAAACCCAAAGGGAGACGAGCAAAGAGUGCGGGCGACACUCACCAAGAAGUCUACCAAGAAGAGCAAGUCAGAGUCCAUGCAGAAGGAGAAAAUAAAAAACACUUUAGAAGAGAACAGAAGGCUCAGAGGCUUUUUGGAACAGAAAGCCCUGGAAUUAGAGCACGUAUUGGAACAAUUGGAGGACAACGUCAUCAGAAAUGACCUGACCUACCAGUCUUCGUUCUUGCAUAAGAAGAUAUUAGAACUCAGGGGCAAGGAGAACUCACCAGGCAAGAUGUCCGUUAAAUCUUGCAGCACACUAGAGGUGGAAUGUUCCUCGGAGUACUCAGAGAUCAGCGGCACCACCACUACCAUGUACAUGACCGAGGAAUCUCCGCCCACCACCAGCCUGCUCAGGAACAGAUUCCAGAAUUCCAGUCUUCAUUCUGAGGUCAUUGAGAUGGCUGGAGUGAGGAGCAGUUCCAGGAAGGAAUCCUUGACGAUACCGCCUCCCGCUGAGGAGGAGGAGGACAGGGACGAUGAGGACGACCCGUUUGGUGGGGUCUACCUAGGCCCCAGCGAGAGCGUGGAAGAGACGAACAACAAGAAGAAGAACAGUUUCAAAAGCAAUCAAGAUGCUUUGGGAGAGAGGCAACCACUGAUGGCGGCCACCAGAGUCCUGCCUUAUAAGGCGGGAAAUGCUGCGUCAUCAGAAUGUGUGUUCGAAGGCGGUUCAGGAGCACAAGGAACACCGCCCCUUCGGCGUUUCGUUCCGAGAAGUCUCCGCCUCCGACGACAUAGUGCUCCUCUAGCCAUCUGGACUAUCGCAGAAUCCUACCUCGAAGACAGCCCGGAGGCGCACCAGGCCAAGGACACUCAGCCUCUGGUCCGGCAGAGCCCUUGCUCUUUGUCCGGCACCCCUCUGUACCCUGAGAAUCUCGCCUUGUCCUCUCCCAUGUCGCCUGUCAUCAUCGAGCCUUUGCCUGCCGCCCCAAGAGCGCGCCCACACAGGGACGCAUCCGCAGCCGCUGGCCUACCUCAGCCUGAGGCGACUUUGACUUGUGCGCCCGUGGUGCACUCUGCGCCACAGGCCAACGGCCCUGCUACUGUUUCAACCAACAGUAAAUUAUAUUUUACAUGCGACGUUUUGGAAAGCAUCUAAUAUUAUCUCCCCUGCCAAGUUUAUACAAAUGGCGCGAUCUUUUGAAAGCGACUGCUACAAGAGAUUGACUCAAAUCUAUAUCGUUUUAAAGAAGUGAAGAAAAAAAUGUAAUUUGUAUAUAUUAUUACAUCUUAUUUACAUGUUUUUAUAUUAAGAACAAUGAUAGUCAAUUCUCCACAUUUUCUUUUUAUUGCGUGCUGGGUACCUAGAUCUAUGUAUUUGGUAUGUAUUUGGUAUGUAUGUAUUUGGUAUACAUUUGGUAUGUAUUUGCUAUCUAUUUGAUAUGUAUUUGGUAUGUAUUUGGUAACUUUAUCUGUGAUCAGCAGAACAUCAUUGUAGGCCUGUACAGUAACAUUUUAAAACUAGAAAUACAUGUGCGUUUCUAUAGUUACAAAGCCUGGCCCUUUUAUUGCAUAAUUUAGAAUUAAAAAAAGAAAGAAUGACAAGUCUGAACUAUAUAAACAGGGAUGCAUGCGAAAAAAAAUUAUAGGAGGGGCCUCUCAAUUAAGUUACAAAGGAAUGUUAUUACAACACCAGGGUUAUUGUGUCAAGGCCAUAUAUGAGAAGUAGAAUGACCUAUUUUGAUCGAAUUAGUAAAGUAAACGCAAAUGAUAGAUGGCUUUCAGUGCAAGUUCAAGGACUUUUAAAAGUGUUCAAGAGUUGUGGAAAAAAAGUAACCUUUGACCUUCUAACACGAGACUUUCCUAGUUCUAUUAUUUGUACAGAACUUGUAUUAUUGUAAAUAUUUGGACAAGUUUCUUUGAACUUCUACGAGAUUUGAUCGACACAAUUGUUAUUAUAAUAACCUGCCCUAGUCAAUUAGGCUAAAUGCCUUUCUAUUCACCAUUUCCAUUGAACUCUACUUGACCUCAUUUUCUUUACGAAAAAAAAAAAUCGCAAGCAAUAAAAUCAAAUCCUAAACAUACAGUAGGCGCAUUGGAUUUAAUAUUUAAUAAUAACGCCCUUGUAGGCCAGCAGUAGCCUAAGUGUUUAUAACAAUAUAAAAUCAUGUCGAUUAAAUGUACAGUAAUUAAUGUAAGGGAGACAAAUCAACGAAGAAAGGUGUUAAUUUACUGACAUCAGAAAUACAUAACAACAGUCCCUCUUUAGGACAUAUUCUUAAUGCUUCUAGACUUGGGCGGAACUGUAUUGUUUUUGCAAUCAACAUUCACUCUAGUCUAGAACAGUGGCCAAGCCAGUGCGCACCCUCUGCACUAUGUUGGAAGGAGGUGUGCAAGGCAGGGCUAUAAACACAUACUUAGCUAAAACCCUUCUUCCAACUAAUGCUGAUAUGCUGAAACAAAUUGUGCUAAAUAAUUAGAUCUACGUCAUUAACGACAUAAAACGGGAUUAGGUUAAGUUGUUAAUUUAGAGGAGGCCGAAGCAACAAGAGUACAAAUUCUACAAUACAAUUCUGUCUUUACAACGCCUCACUGUAAUAUAAAAAUAAUUAGAAGAUUAUGCUAGAUUUUUUUUUAGUUUCAAAUGAAUCUUUAUGUAUAUAUUAUGCAUAGCCCGUGAAUUAUGAAUUAUCCUAUGUAGCAAUGAAAUGACAUUGAUAUGAUUUUGUCUUAUCUCUAUCCACAGCUAUAACUUAUGAAACCGUGUAUCAACAGAAUAACAAACGUAUUGACUAUGUAUUUGUUUUUUUAUAUUCAUGUCAAGUUGACCUAACUGCCAAAGUUGUGACAUAAUUAAAUGCCUUGAUUACGUCAUUCUCACUCUACUUCGUGUGUGAAACUAUAACACUAUUUUAUAUGAUUCUACUGUGUGCAUUAAUCAUGAAGAGAGGUUAUGAGUUAUGAGUCCGUCUGUUGCGUGGGUAGUAGCUGUAACUAUAACAUUCAUUAAUAUAGGAUGUGGUAGUUUAGCGGUAUAUGUAGUGCUAAGACUAGAACUGACAUCUAAGGGACAAAAUUUGGUCGUUGGUUUGCAGCUCCACAAAGCUGAUAAAUCUAAACCAGUGAUGCCCAAAGUACAUUCCCGCGGGCCAGAACCGGCCCGCGACGUGGUUGUAUCCGGCCCGCCGAAAAGUCGGCUCAAAAAGUUAUAAGUUAUCCCCCCUUCAAAAAAAAAGUUGAAAAUAUAUCUUUAUAUUUGUUAGGGCCCUCACCUUUUCUCUGAUGGAUUGGUACCAUGACCUUUAACGAGUAUGAGUUUGUGAAAUGGAACUCUGAAUGUAGAAUCUACCCGGAAUGUUGUUUUUUUUGUGGAACAUGAUAAUAAGCCAACAUAUUUUGUUUGUAAAGAAAGUCUGGCUGUUUUAAAAACAACAACAUAUACAGUGGCAUUAUAAAAAAAUUAUAUGAAGGCCUUCUUAGUUUGAGCCGUGUAUAAAAGAUUUUGCAGCCAAUAUUUAUUGACCUGAAUGACCAAAACAUCCGCACUACUUUCCUCAUGAUGACAUCAUAAACACUCACACUGCAACGCAACUAUCAUCGCAUUAUUCAAAAGUUCCAAAUAAAUCAUUGCCCCUUUAGGAUAAAUGUAGGCCUGACAGGAGGUAGAUCCCCCCCCCCCCCCAUACACACAAUGUCCUUUUUUAUUCUUCAUAUGUUAAACCAAUUUUUAGCCUUCCGCUAAGAAAAUAGUCUCAGCUUAGCAACUAAGGUAAAAAAUGGCCAGCCCAUCCUACAAAAGUUCCUUAUAAAUACAUGAAGAUAAUAUUUAAAUAAAUGCAAUCAUAUUUGUAAAACUAGCUCAACUCUAAUUUUAGUCAAAAUUUGGUUCUCAGAAAAUCGACUAUUUUUGAAGCGAAGGAAUCGAUUUUACUUUUUUUACUUUUUUAUUUCUUUACAAGAUUAGAAAAUAAUUACAAUUAAUUUAUAAUAUUCGAAGAGUGAAUUUCAACUGACAUAUGCACUAGACAGUUAUAGAUAGAUGAUCAAUUUUUAAAAUGUAAUUGGAACUCGAUUCAUUAGAUUUUUCGGAAUAUAAACUUUUUUUUAUUUAAUACAUUCUUCUAGAAGCAAACAUAAUUUUUCUCUAAAAUUCUAUCGUCUCGGAUUAUGUGUUAUUGUUAUACAUUUUUGUAUCUUAUAUCUCCUAGUUUAUAAACUAUAUGUAUACAAAUACUGUGAACAUGGAGAAACCCAAAGAAAAAAGAUUUAAAACGCGGAAGAAUCUACUAGAAAUUUUGUGAGAAAAAAAAUUUUGUUUUGUAAGCCCAUCACGAAGAACAAAUAUUAAAUAAAUGAUUCCGACAAGACCUUGAGUGAAGAGAAAGUUUGUCCAAGUUGGACUUUCCAAACUAUUUGUUCCUGAUCCGAGAAUAGCUCGCUGCUGUGUAGAAAUUUUGUGGUUGAUUUGCGACUUCCGCAAUCAUUUAAAAAACGUUUUUGAUCUAGAGAAAGCAUAUCAUUAGGCAGAGAGAUGAUCUACCCAGUUUCUAAGCUGAUGACAUUUCUACCACUGUUGCAAGGGAUCUGGUAGGGAGCAGUAGACAUGGAGAAGUCGUAAAGCAGAAAUGAAUUUAUUUGUUUUAAAUAUCAGAGUUCAUGAGUAAAUGUAUUCCCCGAGCACUUCUGGUCAUAGAAUUAUUCGUAUUGUUUAAAAUUCGAACUCAUAGCUCAAGCCAACAUACUAACAACUUUGCUAAUGAGUUGCCUAUGAGAUAGUAGGUUAUAUAGUUAUCUAUUGUUUGUUUCAAGCUUACUUAAAGGCGGCGACCCAUAAAGGGGACUUGUUUAGCUUAUACCACCACUCAAGUACAUUUUUUCCCUUGUUUGAGAUACCAAACAAAAUAAUUAAUAACCAUUAAUUAAUUAACUAGUUGGGGAUUUUUUUUUUAUUGGUUCUUGUGUUCUGAGGUAAAAAAAUGAUUGUGCGAAAUUUCAGCUUGAUCCGAGAUUGGGUGUGGGAGAAAUAGCGUGCACAAGCCUUUAACCAGACAGAGUGAGUUGAUAUAAGCUUUGUAAUAAUGAUUUAUUUCACCAGAAUUAGACUUUCGGUCUGGCACGCACGUGCUUUACUUCCACGCCACCACGUCCGAGAGAAGUUGGUUUUUUUUUUUGUUUUUUUUUUUGAAUACACAAAAUGUUAAGAGUUCAAGUUAAGUGUAUGUCUGUGUUGAAGGGGGGGGGGGGGGGGGCAGGUGGUGCUCGAUAUAACAUUACAAACUGCAAUUAGAGAGAUUCAACAGAAAUCUAGAAGGGGCAAUAGAACUUCUCUGUGUUGUAUGUUUGUUAUUGGAUUUAAUUGAGUAAUGUUGCUUUUUGAAAGACUUUUUUAAAAAAUUAUUAGUUUCCUGUAUUGUCACGUGAUUACAGCUACAGAAGUUCAGACCAAUUGAAAUGUAACAGAAAUCUUUCUUGAAGUUGUUCAUAGUCCACGCUCCAUCAUUUCAUCAUUCAUACAAGUGUAUAAAAUAUUUAUCUGAAUAAAUGUACUAAACAUUA